GCUCGCUCUGAUGCCGACCUAGUCACCCUCACUUCUGCUGGACGAGGCAGCCGAGAGCUCAGGGCUCCGGGCAGGGCCAUGGGGCAGGCAGUGACGCGCCGCCUCCGAGCCCGAGCCCGCGCAGCGAGCAGCAGCGCGAUGGACCGCAGCGCUCCGGAUCCCGGACCCCGCAGCGCGCCCCGCACCCCCGCCCCGCAGCCCGCGGGCUCCGCAGGGAGGAAAUCAAAAGCGAAGGCACCACUUCCUCCUGCCGAGACAAAGGGCAUGGGUGUCCCUUCUGCGGGGGAGCCUAUAGAAUCGGCUGCUGUCAUCAUGGAGCAAGAUGAAAAUAUGAUCGAUAAAGACAUUGAACUCACAGUGGUCCUGCCUGGAGAUAUUCUCAAAUCUACUACUGUUCAUGGCAGUAAGCCAAUGAUGGACUUGCUCGUGUACCUCUGCGCACAGUAUCACUUAAACCCAUCAAGUCACACAAUUGAUUUACUGUCUGCUGAAGAGAAUCUCAUCAAAUUUAAGCCAAACACACCAAUAGGAAUGCUGGAGGUAGAAAAGGUCAUUUUAAAGCCAAAAUCUCUGGACAAGAAAAAGCCUGCACCUAUAAUCCCAGAGAAAACUGUGAGAGUAGUGAUCAACUUUAAGAAAACGCAGAAGACCAUAGUGAGAGUUAGUCCCCAUGCACCGCUUCAAGAUCUUGUUCCCAUUAUAUGCAGUAAAUGUGAGUUUGAUCCACUGCAUACAGUGCUGUUGAAGGAUUAUCAGGCGCAGGAGCCCCUGGACUUGACAAAAUCUCUUAAUGACUUGGGACUGAGAGAGUUAUACGCAAUGGAUAUCAGCAGAGCCCCCUCUGUUACUGUUACUGCCUUCCAUAAGUCAUCUUUCCAAGAGUCCUGCCAAAUAUCGCAAACCCCAGACAUCGUGAAGGAGAAAGAAAACAGAGGGAUUUUCAGCUUUUUCCAACGCAGUAAGAAAAAGCGGGAGCAAACUGCCAGCGCGCCUGCAACCCCACUAGUGAGCAAGCACCGCCCAUCUUUUACGAGGUCCAACACCAUUUCCAAACCCUAUGUUUCCAACACACUGCCCUCGGACGCACCCAAGAAGAGGCGUGCCCCGCUGCCCCCCAUGCCCCCAUCCCAGGGCUCUGCGCAAGGCCAGGAGAGGCGAGCUUCGUGCGUGGUGAGAUCCACCAGUGUGGACGACACUGAUAAGAGUUCCACUGACGGGGUCAUGGUGAGGACAGGGUCACUGCAGCUCAGUAGCUCGGCAGUAGGAACUUUGUCCCUGAAAAGAACGAAGCGAAAAGCACCCGCGCCACCUUCGAAAACACCCCUGCAGCAGAAUGAUGAGAACAGCCCUGCAUCUGAUAAUGCCCUGCCUUCAGAAGAUGGAAUUUCUCCAGACAGCGCUUUGGAAGCAAACUCUCCUGAGGGCCUGUCCAGCCCAGCCGGCUCCCCUGGCCCCGGGUUCCUAAGCCAGGAGCGGCGCGCUGUGCCCAUGCCGGAGGAUGAACUCUCGCUCUCUGAGGGCCCUGGGACUCCAGAGGCGGCUGUAGCAGCGUCCUUGACAUCUGGUGUAAGCUCUGAUUACAGUCUUGAAGAGAUAGACGAAAAGGAAGAACUGGGUGAGUCAUCUAAAGAUCAGGCAGAAGGCAGGCCUGUGAAGUCACCUGACGUCCCUUCGGUAUUGAUGGAGAAUGAUCCUGACUCAGCCCUCGGCCUCAGUGAUGGAGAGGCCUCUCCAAGCUCCAAGGGAAAAAGCCAAGCAGGCAGAAACACAGAGGGACGAGGGCCACAUCAUCCUGUUGUAUGUGAUAUAAGCAGUGAAGACACAGUAUCCAACAGUCUAAGGGACUUGGAGACAUCGAGCUCAAACCAAGGGAGCGUUGAAAAUGAAAUUGCCGUCUGUGCCACAAACACAGAUUAUGUGAAAGACAGACUAGGGAAAACAGAAACCGCCAUAGAAACCCCAGAGAAAGCCGUGGACCUACAAGCUGAUGGAUUGUCAGGCUUUGCUGCAUGUAGAACGGAUCAUGAUAAAAGUUCUAGGGAAAACCAUCUAACAGCACCAUCAGGACUGGAUCAAAAACUGAAUCAGCCAAGUGUAGAAAAGACAAAAAUGCAAGACGCAGCAAUUCAGGCCACUCCUGCCUGCCGCAAUAUUGAUGGGCAUCACGAAGACCGUAAUUCAUCUGACCUCAGGGUUGAUGAGAGUGUGCAGACUUCAAACAGCAGCAGAUCAACUCAGCACUCCUCCUCAAGUCUCCAAGAUUCUGUAAAUGCCUCAAAAGCAUUCAGGAGUCAGGGCACCCCAACACACGUGCAAGAUAGACUCCCCAUGAAAGAUGCGGCUUGUGCAUAUGGGAACGAUGACCCUUUGUCUCCUGUAGACGGAAGUGAUAAGAAUCCAGCUGCUCCUUACCUAAAGAAUUUUCCACUUUAUAAACAGGACUACAAUCCCAAGCCAAAACCUUCAAAUGAAAUUACAAGAGAGUAUAUACCUAAAAUCGGAAUGACUACUUACAAAAUAGUGCCUCCCAAGUCCCUGGAAAUAGUAAAGGACUGGGGGUCAGAAACAGCGGGGAAUAAAGAUGAACAAAAGGCGCAUGCUGUGGGGCAGAAGCACAUGCUUGAGAAUAUGACAGAAACAGCCAUGCAAACAGAAGCCCUUGUUACUUCCAAAGGCUCACAGGAGCCACAGCCUGACCUUAAACCAAAGCCCAGUUUAGGAACAGAACGUCAUUUGCACAGGACUGUGAGCUCCCCCGUUGGUGGGGAGGUGAACCCUCCAAAACCUCCCAGGAUGACUAUGGACACUGGCAGUAUUCCUUUUGCACCAAAUUUGGAAGAUAUAAACAAUAUUUUGGAGUCAAAAUUCAGAUCUCGAGCUUCAAAUCCCCAGGCCAAACCAAGUUCAUUUUUUCUGCAGAUGCAGAAGAGAGCAUCAGGCCACUAUGUGACUUCUGCAGCUGCUAAGAGUGUCCACACUGCCCCCGGGCCUGCCCCCAAGGAACCGACAAUCAAAGAGGUGCAGAGGGACCCAAGGCUCCCUCCAGAGCAGAUUCUUUCUCCCUUAAGCGAAAGGACUCAUUCUGCUCCGCUGCCCAAUAUUUCAAAAACUGAUGAUGAUGUAAUCACCCGGAAGCCUGCUGAGACCUCUCCUCCCCCUGUAGCUCCCAAGCCUGUGGCUCUUCCUGCUGAGACCUCUCCUCCUCCUCUAGCUCCCAAGCCUGUGGCUCUUCCUGCUGAGACCUCUCCUCCUCCUGUAGCUCCCAAGCCUGUGGCUCUUCCUGCUGAGACCUCUCCUCCUCCUGCAGCUCCCAAGCCUGUGGCUCUUCCUGCUGAGACCUCUCCUCCUCCUGCAGCUCCCAAGCCUGUGGCUCUUCCUGCUGAGACCUCUCCUCCUCCUGCAGCUCCCAAGCCUGUGGCUCUUCCUGCUGAGACCUCUCCUCCCCCUGUAGCUCCCAAGCCUGUGGCUCUUCCUGCUGAGACCUCUCCUCCUCCUCUAGCUCCCAAGCCUGUGGCUCUUCCUGCUGAGACCUCUCCUCCUCCUGUUGCUCCCAAGCCUGUGGCUCUUCCUGGUAGUCAGGGAGCAUCACUAAACCUGAAGACCUUGAAAACAUUUGGGGCCCCACGACCAUACUCCAUUUCUGGCCCCUCACCCUUUGCCCUUGCUGUGGUGAAAAGGUCACAGUCAUUCAGUAAAGCACGUCCAGAAUCAUCCAGUGAGGGCCUCUCUGCCCAGCCUGCAGCUGACACAGAGGAUGGAUUAUACGCAAUAAAUAAAUCUGCAGUGGUUCCCCAACAUGAUGAUGUUGAUAAGCAAAAUAAACCUUUACAGAAUGAACAGAGUUCUCAGAUGCUGAGUCCAGCUGAUGGCCCACCAUUCACCCUUAUGAGACAGAGUUCUUUAACAUUGCAAAGCUCUGACCCAGAGCAUGUCCGGCAGAGUUUGCUGACCGCAAUCCGUUCCGGAGAGGCUGCUUCCAAGUUGAAGAGAGUUACUGUUCCAUCAAAUACAAUCUCUGUGAAUGGGAAGUCAGGACUCAGCUAUGCCAUGUCCUCUGAUGCCCAGGACAGUCACUAACAUCACCCUGCCGUGACACACUUCACUGACCAGCUUCCUGCCUGCAAGGAAUAUUGGCAACUAUAUAUUCAGAUGUACAUUAAUAUAUAACUCUGUUCAAGAAUAAGCAUUUGUGUUAGUGGAUCUAAUGCCAAAAGAAAAAUGACUAGAAUUUAUAAUUUAUAAUAGUGUUUGGUCUUUUUGUCAUAACUAAAUAUUGCUGCUUUAGAAACUUUAAACAAGGUAUAAAUGCCUUGUUUUUUUUUCCCACAGUGAAUAAUCACAGUUUAUUGAUUUUUUUCUUUUAUUUAUGGACAUACUGUGUACCAUAAAACAAAGGUAUAAAUUGAGAUUUAUGAAUAUAUUGUAUGACAGAGAAGCAGACAAGCACAUACUAACAUUUACUGCCUCAGCAUUAGGCUGUAAUUAGAAACAUAAAUUAUAAUAAAGUCUUUUUGCUGAAAGAUACGGAAAACUAGUAAAUCAAAUAAAUAAUGUUCAUUUAUUUUUAUUGAAGAAUCACUUAUUGUGAGACUUAUUUUGUGCAUUCUUUUAAUUACAAAUGAGUGCCAGAUCAAUAGGAAAUAAUAAUAGUAUUUUUUAAAAAUAUAACACUUUAACCUUUGGUAGUUAAAUUGCACAAGGAGACUUUAAGAUGUUUUCUGUAUAUAAUUAUGUUGUUACACAGAUAUUACAUAUUUUCUAAUGCCAGAAGUCUUAAAAUAUUCCUGUGAAAAUGUUGAUAUAUUAUGACAGUUAUUUCACAUUUGGUAUGUAGGGAGAAUAGGGGCUGGUUUGUGUCCGUAUUCAAAAAUUUAAAGACUAGUUCGAAGUUUCCAAAAUCCUGAUUUAAUUAAAAUAAAAUGCUAAAUUAGUCAUUUAUGUAGCUCAGACUCUAAUUGUCUAAAUAAUAAUAUAUAUUUUCCUGAAAGCCAAACUGGUUCAGGGAAACAGUGAUUGAUGUGUUAGCUUACAGUGAUCCUAGGGUCUAGAACACGUUGGUGUUGCUGGAUUUCUUUAUGAAUUUAAUUGCUCAUUUAUUCCAGACACUGUUGAAACAGCCUGACGCUGUUUUGACUCUUACUAAAGCUACUGGAAUAUCUGCCAUUUUGACAAACAUGAAUUCUUUUUCCAUUUAAUAAAAGCAAGUUAUAUAUUUGAA